UAAGUUUAUUUUCAUCUGAUUAUUGGCUACUAGCUUGCUUCUGCUAACUAGAACAAUCAAAAGCAAAUCACACAUUUUGUUUGGUUCACUCUUCUCCUUCUCUCAAAUCUAUAAAUUAAACCUUCUUUAAAUAUUACAUCAGUAUCAGCUUUUCUCCGUCAUGGCAUCAUCUAACAGACACUGGCCAAGUAUGUUUAAGUCCAAGCCUUGUGAUUCUCAUCCUCAGUGGCAACAUGAAAUCAAUCCAUCAUCUCUUAUGUCAUCCUGCCAGAGACCUUCAUACACUCCAUCAGCUCCUGCAGGAAAUGAAGAGAGAACUCUCGAGCCAAAGCCUCGUUGGAACCCUAAACCAGAGCAGAUACGCAUACUUGAAGCCAUAUUCAACGCCGGAAUGGUUAACCCACCAAGAGAUGAGAUCAGAAAAAUCAGAGCUCAGUUACAAGAAUAUGGCCAAGUUGGUGAUGCUAAUGUGUUUUACUGGUUCCAAAACAGAAAAUCCAGAAGCAAACACAAACAAAGACACAGUACAAAAUCAUCAUCAUCAAUUAAUAAUAUUUAUCAUCAACCCUCACCUAAAACCCUAACGGCACCAUCUUCUUCCUCGUCUUCUUCUUCCGAGAAAUCUUCUCCGAAGAAAACUGGCAAUAACAAGAAAAACAUUGCUGCGAUGGGUACAACAGGUGUUAAUUUUGUGGAUGCUUUGAAUUCUCCAACGGAUUCUGUUAAUCAAACAUAUUUUCAAACUACUCAAGGAGAACUAAUAUCGUCAUCUCCUGAUCCGUUCUUUUUCUCCGCAACAAUGCCGGUGCAACAGUCCGGUAUUGGUAGUACAGGUUUUACUCAAGGGUUUUGUUUUUCGGAGUUGCCGAAUGUUAUCCAAUAUCCUAGUCAGAAUCAUCAUCAGGGAAUUGGGCAAUGUUCCAGUCUUUUACUUGGUGAACUGUUGCAUCAUGGAUCAACUCUAAAGAAAGACGAAGCAGUUGACAAAUUGAAGGACUGGCAAAAGUUGAGCUACACUACUACUAGUAUUACUUCAACAAGUACUAUUCCUUCGACCGUUAUUGACACCAUACCGUCUUCUACAAUUACAUCAACAACAACUGGUUCUACUUUGAUCCAUGAUAUACAAGGAGGAGGAGGAAUUGGCGAAUCAGGUGAUAUAGGUCCGUGUAUUGUGGCUAAAUCGACGGUAUUCAUAAAUGACAUUGAGUUCGAGGUAUCAAUGGGCCCACUUAAUGUUAGACAAGCAUUUGGUUACGACGCUGUUCUAAUCCAUUCCUCGGGUCAGCCUGUGUUCACUAAUGAAUGGGGUUUCACCCUUCAAUCUCUUCAACCCGGCGCUUCCUAUUAUCUGGUGCGCAUUUUUUCAUGAAUACCAGCUCAUAUGAAAACCGAACACGAUAAACAUAAGAUGUAAGAAACUUUGACCGCCCGAGGUGUGACGGAGAGAUUUUAACUAGGAAGGGUGGGUGUAUCGAUCGACCUGUAACA